GCAUCCACACAUUUCACCAGAUCGUGUGUUCUCCACAAGUUCAACACACAGUUUUCAAACUCUGCACAUAAAUUUCACCACCAACCCACUUUCCUUCACAAACUAAGAAUUUGAGCCAGAGAAUUGUCAAGAGAUUUUGUGGGGAAGAAAGGCUACACAUUUAUUAACCAUGUCAAUGGCAUCCGUAUCUAGCGCUAGUUUUUGUUACAGCAAAUCAAGAAUCGGAGGGGUCAAGCCAAAUAUUGCAGCUGCGAGGCCAAGGAGUUUGGUGGUGGUGAGAGCAGAAGCUCAAGCUAUAAACCCUGAAAUUAGAAAGACUGAAGAGAAGGUGGUGGACUCUGUUAUGGUUGCUGAACUCUCCAAGCCACUCACUGCUUAUUGCAGAUGCUGGAGGUCAGGGACUUUCCCUCUGUGUGAUGGAAGCCAUGUAAAGCACAACAAAGCUACUGGAGACAAUGUUGGACCUUUGCUCUUGAAAAAGCAGAAAGAGUAACUCUGUAAUUUCUCUUCAUUUAGAUUUUGUGUUUGUCAUGUUGAAGAUUUCUUGCUCUUCUAUGAAAUGGUGUUUUCGAGUUCCUUUGGAUUGAGUUGAGCUCUCUAGUUCGAGUUGCAUAAAACUUAAGGUGAUAACAAUUUCUUACAUGUUAUGUUAAAUGGCCUUGUUCGCUUGUGGCAUGCCUAACUAGGCUUUGAUUGUUGCUUCUACUCCAUAGAGGAGGCCUAUAUAAGACUUGGUGGUUGAUAACAAUUUUUUUUUAA